AUGGCCGAGACAACUCAGAUGUUGUCGUUUCAUGAGUUAUUUUUCAACGUAGAUAGUGGUUAUCUUGAGGGUUUGGUCCGAGGAUUUCGAUCAGGAAUCUUAAAUCAAAGUGAUUACCUCAAUUUGUCUCAAUGCGAAACGCUGGAAGGUAAAAAGUUAGCGAAUAUUUUUAGCAUCUAACAGUACAAGACACUGUAGAUACUUGCUUCGCAUGUAAGCUUAAUUUUGGUUUACUCGCCGUGUUGUGUCUCGUAUGUUUGAUGACGAAAUAGAAAUCAAUCUAAUGCCAUAGCCUAACAGUUGAAAUAUCCUUUAGAGUUAUUUUAUGGCCGUAUACAUUACUACUAGUGCAUCAUCAGUAUUUUCAUAAAAUAUACAUUACAUUGUAGUAAUGUUAACGGAAGUAUGAAAUUCAGAAAGUUUGAUAUAUGUAAUCGUAAUUCAAUGCUUGCAAAUUGAAAUAAGCACGAAAAGGAACACGAAAAAUGCCUUGUUUACUUUUGUGCCUUUACACAUUGCGACAAUGAAUGUAGCCAUUACAUAAACAUGAAAAUCAUGACAGGCUCUUUAUGUUUAUGCAAUUAAUGUUUAUGUAUUUGGAUCCAACAUAAUGACCAGCUCCCAGUUGGCUUGUUAGCUUAGUUGGUAGAGCACUGCACCAGAGAGGUCAUGGGUUCAAAUCCUGUAUAGACCUGAAUUUUUUCAGGCCUUAUUUCAACUACUAGUUCAGUAGUGUUCAUAACUGGGAGGAUCAUUUCUAUAUUCGUUAGAGUAGUUUAAAAAAGUUUGGUAAGAUUUCUGUACAGCCCAUUACUUCAUUAUGUAUACAGUUCUUGGAUAAAGAAAAGAAUAGCGAAACAAUAGAUUGCCUUUGGGACUAUGGUUUUGUUUUAAAUUAGUGUGUGGUUGUAGGGAAAUAUUGCCCAAAAUUUGCACACUGCAAAUUAUUUACUGAAUGCCAUGAUGACUUGCCAAGGUGCUGUUGUUCAUGUUAGAACUUGAUGAGUUGAAUGUGAUUGGAAAAUCCUAUUUUGUUACAUGAGUCAACACAAGAUAUCAAUUGGGCUGUGGGCAUUAAAUUAUUUUAAAGUUGAUUCUUCUUUUUGUAGAUCUGAAGCUACACUUGCAAAGCACAGAUUAUGGAAAUUUUCUUCAAAAUGAGGCUGGUCCUUUGAAUGUGUCAGUUAUUGAUGACAGACUGAGGGAGAAGUUGGUCACAGAGUUUAGGCAUUUACGCAACCAAGCUCUUGAACCAAUGGCAACUUUUAUGGACUUCAUUACGUAAGCCAUUAAAUUGGUCUUAAAAGUAAAACCUCACUAAGUCACCAUGUUGUUGAUAUGACAACUUGUUCAUUUUGAACUCAGUUACACAUGUAACUCUUAAACUCCCAGAUGUGCUUAUCAUCUAAAUUUUCCUUCUAAUAUCCCUAAAUUAUCCAACAGAGAGGUAAUGAGAAUACUCAAACUUGUAAGGUAGAAGUUGUUUUGUAAUAGUGUUGUUUGAUCAUCCAGGUAAGUGUAGUCCUGAGAAGGACUGUUGUCGGUAGUGGUGACUAAUGUUUCAACAACCUGAGCGGAAGUCAUCUUCAGAGUCAACUAGAAGUUGUUUUAUUGAUCUAACACCAAAUUCUCUUGACUUAUUCACAAGGAAAUGUGUUGCAGCUAGCAUAGAGAAUCAUUAAUCAGAUGUUGGGAGGAAAAGAGUUACUAAAUAUUCUUUUUUUUUUAUUUUUGUCCCUAUUAUCGCCACAAUUUUUUGGAUUCAUGGCCUGACAGUGAAUGUAUUCAUUUAGUUUUGCCCGACAUAUUUUAGUAUUUUUUCAUCAAGGCUUAAAUAUACUUGUCAGCUCUUAAAUGCAGCCUAUCAUGAGGUUGUUUUUAUUAGUUGCUUGGAUUGAAGUGCUAUAUAAUGUGGUUUUUUUAUGAUCCUCUGUAAUUGUAAACUUUGUGUGUGUAUGACUUGCACAGGAGAGCCUACAAUUUGAGCAUCAUCAUUUUUAAGUUAAGUUAUUGGUUUGAUUUUUAGGUAUAGUUACAUGAUUGACAAUAUCAUUCUGUUGAUCACUGGAACACUGCAUCAGCGACCCAUAUCAGAACUGGUCCCCAAAUGUCAUCCCUUGGGUAGCUUUGAGGAAAUGGCCUCCAUCAAUAUCGCAUCCACUCCUGCAGAGUUGUACAAUGCUGUUAUGAUUGACACUCCUUUAGGUUAGCACAGAUUUUAAUGUGAGAAUUCUGUCAAAGACAAGUCUUCUCUUUAAUGAUUUAUUGGCUUCUUAAUUCAGCACUCUUAGAACUCAGAAACAAUUACAGUUAUGCUAAACUUAAACAAUACUAUCAGCAUGUGGAGUUGCUUCCAAUGCAGUUAAGCUGCUUAGUUAAGAUGAAGAAUUGAUCAUCCAGCAAUGGGAACACAUUUAGGUACAGUAUGUGUGCUUAUCCAAUUGCCUUAACAUCACAAUAUAAAAAUGUUAUUUCUCCUUACAGAAUAAUUUUUGUUGGUCAGCCUUGAAAAUUCUUCUUUACAUUUAUAUGAUAUUCUUCAAUUUUUUUAAUUUUUAUUGUCAUCAUCUGUGUGCAUGGAAUAGUGUUGAUCAUGAUCUGUGAUUAGUAAUUUUGUUGGGUUAGUAUUCUUUCCUCUCUUUUCUUGAUGGUGGAAUACAGACAAAGACUAAUGAAGUAGUUCUUUAUUUGAUCUCCAGCACCAUUUUUUGUGGAAUGCAUUUCUGAACAGGACUUAGAUGAGAUGAAUAUUGAGAUUAUCAGAAACACAUUGUAUAAGGUGAGCCAGGGUGACUUCAGAUACUUGUGGAUGUUGCUCAUUAAAAUGAAUUUCAGGUUGAAAUGAUUUUAAACUAUUUUUUUUUUAGUUUUCUUUGUUGAGUAUAUAAAUCAUCAGAUGAGAUUUUUCAUACAGAAACUCAUUUUUCAACAACAACACAGAUAGUGAGAAACAUUAACCUUAAACUUCCUAAGCACUGUGCCACUGGCUGUCAACAUACAAAUUGCCUUUCUUCUCCUCAUUUCUUUCCAAAGCAAUGUCCUAGCUUCUAAAUGGAAGUGUACAUUCACCCCUGGCUUGUUUCCAUUGUGUUGAGAAUUAAACUUCUAUGUGGUAAUUUUUAUCAUCAGGCAUACCUUGAAGGCUUCCACAAGUUUUGUGAAGAUUUAGGUGGAACAACAGCAGAUGUCAUGUGCCCAAUUCUUCAAGUAAGUGAGAUUUUUCUUUAAGUCUCUGAACAGUAUUUAAGUUUACACUUUUUUUUGGACAAUUAGAGAAGAGGGAAAAUGUAUGAAUGUAUUGUUAUGUAUGUCAUUUAGCACAUACAUGGAGAGCCAUCAUCGCCUGGAUGCAUUUUGCCUCAAACAGUUAAGUUAACCCCUAAGAGUGACUAGCAUCUAAUUUCACCUUACAAUGUCAACCCUGAAUCACUCUUUAAGGUCGCUAGGGCAAAGUCAGCACCUUAGGAAAUGUGCAAAGAUAUGCAUACUGAUGUUAGGGUGUAGAAGGUUAACAGGUUUGUUGGAAGGGUUUUUCAAUGUGGUGUCUUGCAGUAGUGUCCAACUGGAAAUAGAGAGAAUACUAGAAUACUUAAUCAUGAAUAAAUACUUAAUGUUUUUCUUACUCUAGAGGGUCACACGCAGUUUCAGAUACCCUUCCCCCUUAAACUUUACCCUGGGUAUAGAAGGAUUAAUUUGUUGAAAUGUUCUCCUUCUCCUUUAAUGCAUUUCUUAGUUUGAGGCUGAUCGUCGAGCUUUCAUUAUCACCAUCAAUUCCUUUGGCACUGAACUUGGUAAGGAUGAUCGUAACAAGCUUUAUCCCAAGUGCGGCAAGCUGUACCCAGAGGGACUGUCUAGGUUGGCCAGAGCCGAUGAUUAUGAACAAGUCAGAGCAGUGGCAGAUUACUACUCGGUACAUUUUUACUUUGCAUUUCAAACAUGUAAAGGUUGUUGAGUGUAAAUGUUGUCUCCUUUAAGUUUUUGUGUUUUCCACUGGCUGAGUAGAAAAAAGCAGAAAAUGAUCUAUAACACAUAAGUCUGGUCUGAGUGCUAAAAUUUUAGGUGUGGAUGGAAGGGUUCUCAUGUCACACAGUGCUUGUUUGUUUAAUGUUGUUUUUUUUUUUCAUUGUUGUUGUUGCAGUUCACCACUGUGAUCUCCUGUCAAUCCCCCCAUCAUGUGCACAGUUGUUUUCUCAUAAGCAUCAAUCAGUCAAUUCUCUCUUUUCAUUUUUUUUAAAGCCCUUGUUGGUCUAUGAUCUUUCAAUAACAGUUGUUCUUUUGUUCAAGUUUUUUUUCUUUCAUGUUCUGUUGAGAGAGCAUGGUUUUCCUUGUGUUUUCCUAAAUGCUCUUUUGAAACAUUUUGUAAAUUGCUCACAUACAUUAUGUAACAGUCAGUGAAGUAAAGCCACAUGGUGUAGCAUGGGGUGGCUUUCGAGGUUUAUCCAAUAAACUGUCAUCUAGAUAUAUUUGAUUUGUUUUUAUCCUUAACCUUUCAGUGAUAACAUGUACUUUGGUUUUUUCACAGGAUUACAAGUCUCUCUUUGAAGGAGCUGGUACAAAUCCUGGUGAAAAGACACUGGAAGAUAAAUUCUUUGAGCAUGAGGUAUGUAAAGAGAUCAAGACUUAGAAAAUUGUAGAAUUGAGUGUGAUUUGACAAUUUCAUUGUUAAAAAGUUUGAAAAAAUUCCACUCUACCUCUGAUCAAUAUUUCACCUGUGGCCAUUUUACCCAGUUUCUUACUACAUACAUCAGUCUGUUGGUUAGCAUGCACUAGACUCAGUAUUUAAAAUACCUUGACCAAGGGUUCUGUACCAUAUUACUGGGUGGGAUAGUUGACUCUGACAACAGCUCUCUCUACAUAUGAAUGUAAAUGGUUAUUCAUGAACUGUUAGGGGGAACUAAACAAAAUGCAGGGGAUAUGGGAGGGGGGUGGCUUUGGGUUUACCCUCUUUUUUUUCUUCUUUUUUUUUUUUCCUGUUAUCAAUGUAUAAAGUCAUCAUGAUGGAUAGUCAUUUGAGAUGGGAGAAGACUUGUUGAACAGGGUCAUCAUCAGCUGAAUUGCCAAACGUGACUUCUAUACUAGAACUGAUCAGUAAUGGUCUUAACAGUUGUACUACAUGUGAUAAACAUUUGAUUUCUCCCAUUAAUAUCAACACGUUUUCUAGCAAACGGGUAACGAAAAUAGACCACUUGACAGCUGUGUAACUGAUAAAAAGCAAGAUUCCCAUAAACAGUUACAAAGAAAUGUCAAGGAACUACAGGGGGAGAAUUUCUUAUCACAUCUCUGGUAUGAAAAGGUAAAGCCUGUUUUUUUUCUCCUCACAGGUGAAGAUGAACACUCUAGCAUUCCAACAGCAGUUCCAUCUGGGUGUGUUUUAUGCCUAUGUCAAGCUAAAAGAACAGGAGUGUCGCAAUAUUGUAUGGAUAGCUGAGUGCAUUGCUCAGAGAAAUAAAUCCAAAAUUGAUAACUACAUUCCAAUAUUCUAAACUUGCAAUACUUCUGCCAUCCUUGUGUGGCUGUGAUCUACCAAAAUGAAAUUAGAAAUUGUAAAGUUUGUUUAAUUAUGGUUGGUACAUGUUCAUAAUUUAGACUUUAACCCUUUAACUCCCAGAGGUGAUUAAAAUGUAACUUCUCCUUAAAUUAUCCAUAUAUUAUCCAGCAAUUAGUUAAUGAGAGUAUUCAAACUUGUCAGGUAGAAGUUGUUAUCUUGAUCUAGUACCAAAUUCUUGCAAUUAAUUUACAAGGAAAUGUGUAGUAGCUAGCAGGGAGAAUUCUCAAUCAGAUCUUGGGAGUUAAAGGGUCAACAGGAGAGUGUAGAAUACAGUUAUAUAUUUUCAUUUUCAGUUUAUAGUGUUUUGAGAGCAUACGUUUGACAGUGACAACAGAAAUUCUGAAGAAUGUGACGUAUUUCUGUACCCCAAAUUAUUAUGUAAUACGUAUUUAUGAUUAUAACAUGACCAGCAAUUAUGUAAAAAGACUCAGAAUUGGCUACUGCAAGAAAUGCUGGAAGUCUAGUAUACUGAGAUAAAGGAUAAUUGAAAGUGAAAUCAUCGGGAGUUCAGCUGAAAAUUACAAUGGAAUAGUUACUUAUCAUGGAAGGAGGUUGAUUCAAAUCUACCACAGAUCAGCCGAAGCGGAGGGUUGAAAACACUUCAAAG